AUGGAGGGCAUUCCUGACGAGUCUGCGAUUUCCAAGGCUGCGGAACUCACCGUACUUGAUUUGACUGGACAGAAUGUUAAGUUCGGCGAUUUGUUUGAGGACAAGAAAAUUGUCGUGAUUUUCAUCCGUCAUUUUUUCUGUGGCAAUUGCCAGGCCUACGUGUCUCAGCUGGCGGCGGUGGAGCAGGAAGCUUUUGACAAGGCCGGUGUUUCGCUUUUGAUUAUAGGCUGCGGCGACUAUCAGCCCAUAAAGAACUACGCCGACAACACCGGCUUCCGGGGCCCCAUCUACGCUGACCCUACUCGCGCGUUGUACCACCACUUCGGACUCAUCGAGAACCUCAACACGACGCCCGCAGACGAGGAAAAGAAGAGUUACCUCGCAGGCCAAAGCAGGAUUGGCAACGCUCUGGGCAGUAUUUGGAGAGGUCCUCUCAAGAACCCUCACCACAUGGGCAAACAGGGCAACAUCUCCCAGCUUGGGGGCGAAUUCAUCUUUGGCCCCGGCAACCGAUGUUCCUAUGCCUCUCGCAUGAAACACACCGAGGAUCAUGUCGAAGUGGCCGAGCUCAUGAAGGAGGCUGGAGUGGAAUAUCAUUGA